GAGUUCCGUCGUCUCGCGCUACGCAGGUCCUCCUCGACCCUGUCGUAUAUCUCUCGCGCGAACGGCUCAUCCUGCUAUGUACCUCUCACCGCCGCCGCCGCUGGCAGCUUAUGCGAGUUGUUCAGGUCUCUCUCUUUGUGCUAACGCCAAAUAGCAGCCAUCAUCCAAGGAGGCUUUAAUGAUUUGAGAACAAAGAGGGAAACGAAGGGGGAAGCAAGGGACCUAGACAUUAGAUUGGCCUGGACUGCCCUUUGCUGAGCAGGUCGUGGACUUCUGCAUGCUAAACGAGGGUACUUUCAUCGUUGUUGUGGGAGCAAUCCUGCAAACUAGUCUCUGGUAAACAGAUGGCUAGAUGGGACGACAUUCUCACACUUCCUAUACAAGACCCACCGACCUUAGAUUUCUCUGCUGCUGAUCUUGUCUGGUCUAAUGUGGAUGGGUGGAAGCAGGAGGUAGACAGGGUUGCACGCAUUCCCUUCUCUAGAGUGGAUGACUUCGUGAGGGGAGAAUCCUCCAAUUCUGAAUGUCCAACUAGGUUUCAUGUUGAAGCUAGAAGGAGAAGACCAAAAGAUGCAGUCUUGAAACCAAGGGUUGAUGCAUAUCUUGAGUACAUCCUGUAUUGGUGUUCAUUUGGCCCAGAUGAUUAUAGAAAAGGUGGGGUUUCCCGGCCCAGCAGAAGGAAUUUUGUGAAACAUAAGAAGAAGACAGUUGGGCGACCAAAUAUCAAGAGAGGCUGUGUUUGCCACUUCAUUGUGAAGAAAUUAGUAGAUGACCCAUCAGUUGCACUUAUCAUUUAUAACAAGCGGAGGCAUGUUGAUGUGAAAGGCUUACCUUGUCAUGGUCCGUUGGAUGUAAAAGCUGUUGGUACUCGUGCAAUGUUUGCUCCCGACUUCUCUGAGGACCUCCGUCUUCGUAUUGUUUCCUUAUUGCAUGUUGGUGUGCCUGUUGAGAGCAUAAUGCAGAGGCACUCAGAGAUGGUAGAGAAGCAAGGAGGCCCACGUAACCGAGAUGACCUGCUUACCCAUCGCCAUGUUCGUACAUUGGAGAGAAAUGUUAGGCGUUCUACUUUUAAAUUUGAUGCAGACGAUACAGUUAGUGUGGGAAUGUGGGUCCAGUGUCAUCAGAACUGUGUUUUCUUCUAUGAAGAUUUUUCUGAGACGGGACCUUUUGUUUUGGGCCUUCAGUCAGAGUGGCAGCUUCAACAGAUGAUUCAGUUUGGUAAUCACGGCCUUAUCGUAUACAAUUCAAGAUUUGGGAUGAACAAGCUGAAGUAUGCUCUCCACAGUCUUCUUGUCUUCAACAAAGAAAAAGUUCUAAUCCCUAUUGCCUGGAUUAUAACAACACGCUUUGCCACUGUUGAUUCAUACAAGUGGAUCAGGGCUCUCUACAACAGGGUUCAUGCGAAGGAUCAAAUGUGGAAAUUGGCUGGGUUUAUAAUUGAUGAUCCAACUACUGAUAUCCCGACAAUCAAAGAGGUGUUUCAGUGCUCUAUUUUGGUUUCCUUUUGGCGUGUUCGACAUGCAUGGCACAAAAACCUCAACAAAAUGUGCUCAGAAACUGAAACGCAGGUUGAGAUAUUUAAACGGUUGGGACAGGCAAUUUAUAGGCUACGCGGGAGACAUAGUUGUGAUGAAUCUUUCCAGGAGUUUCUAGAGGACUUUAUUGACAGCACUGGCUUCUUGGAAUACUUCACCUCCACAUGGUUGCCCAGAAUUGGGACGUGGGUUGAAGCACUCAAGAGCUUCCCAUUCUCAAGUCAGGAGGCUUGUGCUGCAAUGGAAAACUACCACUACAGGUUGAAACUUAGAUUAUUAAAUGAAAAACAAACAAAUGUGUACCAACGUGCUGAUUGGUUGGCUGAUAAAUUAGCAACAAAGGUGCAUUCUUACUUCUGGCUUGAUGAGUAUGCUGGGCGGAAUGAUUUCGUUCGAUACAAGAAACUCGAAUGGGAGAGCGGCCUAACAUCUUGGCGGGAAGCAUUGUUAAUUCCAGAUUCUGCUGUUGUCCUCGAAGAUGGAUAUGCAAAAAUAAUCAAUCAGAGUGACCACGAAAGUGUCCAUGUAGUUCUUAAUCCUGGUUCUGAAUAUGCAUUGUGUGAUUGUGAUUGGUCAAGAAUGGGCAACCUCUGUAAGCAUGUUAUCAAGGUUGCAAAAGUUUGUCGCCAUCUAGUAUCUACGGCACCAUCAAUCAGUCUUUCCUGUUACAAGCACACUUUGAAUAAUGUGCUUUACCGUCCACCACAUGACUCUCUUAUCCUGGAUCAUGCUGUUUCCUUAGCUGUCAAUGUACAAACACAAUUGAAUGUUAGGGAUUAUCAAGCACAUGGCAAAGUAACCCUCACCAAACUCGAAACUGGUAUACAAGCUGAUGAGGUUGGAUCCGUCAAUGAUGUGAUGGAGAUUGGAGAGAGAGACUUGGCAGAAGAGGACCAGCAAAUCCUAACUGAGAAAGAAAAUAAUGGGAAUGGCAUCUCCAAAACAGGCAGCAAGGUUGGUGAUGCUAAUAUUAGGUAACUGGAUGGUCACUCAUUUCUUGAAGGUGUCGACAAAACAAAUGCUAGUCUGGCCAACAGUAUGGUGUUAGAUUGAAAUCAAAGUUGCCAAGUUGGUCUAACUGAGACGGUGAUUCAUGAUAAGAACAUCGAAUCUUUGGUUUCUAUAGAUGUUGGACCUGAAAACGACAAAGAGGAACGACUGGUUCUUUAGAUGCUGGAGAUGGAGCUUUCUAUCAAUCCUGCUGGGAGGUCUAACGCUAUCUGCAAGAUGCUGCUGGAGAUGUGCUCAACAAUGGAUUUGCGAAGGAAACUUGUGGCAAUACAGACACCGUGAAGUGACCAUUAACCUUGUGUUCAUGCUUGAGGAAGCUGGUAACUGAGAUGGAUAACAUUUUAACUAAUAGUGUUGACUUAAAUGCUCAUGAUGCAGACAGAUUAGGUGCGGCACAAUUGGCAGAUGGACAUCGGAGUUCCAACAGCCGAGUAGAAAAAUCAGGUCCUGAAGAAAUGAUUGCUGGCAAUGUAAAGGAUGGAGGGGAUGCGUCUUCUAAAGCUGAGAAAGCUUGUGAUAGCCUAAUCGUUGUUGGUGGAGUACUAGAUGCGGGCUUUCUGUGGCUACUGAUAAGAAUUCCGAGGAUAUGGUUUCUUGACAUGUAUGGUGGAAUUUGUGUCUGCUGUAAAAUUCUCUCUCUGUUCCUCUCUCUUUUGGUCAGGGGCCUACAGGUCUAAGAUCAAGUGGUGAUAACCUGACAAUAACUAGUACUAUAUAUGUUCUUGCGGAUGUGGACUCUGAUGUCAUGCUCGGAAAAGCUUGGUUGUGUAACAAUAGUAUCAAGUUCCAGUGCAAUUCUUCGGCAUUAGCUAAUUUAUGAACUUUUCA